AUGAAGUUUCUCGCCCCCGCUGCGGCGCUUUUUGCGGCUGUUAGUGCUGGGAGGUUUGAUCAGCCCCUUGGUCCUACUCUCAAUGCUACGGGCCCGGUUGCCAACUCCACCUACGACUAUGUAGUCGUCGGCUCCGGACCCGGAGGUGCCCCUCUGGCCGCUCGCCUGGCCAUGGCCGGCUUCAGCGUCCUGCUUAUGGAUGCCGGAGAGGACAGAGGCGAGGACCCGGCGGUCCAGGUCCCGGCUCUUCACGUCCUGGCCUCCCAGCAUGAGCCCAUUCAAUGGGACUUCUUCGUCAACCACUACGCCGACCCUGUGCAGGCCAAGAAGGACACCAAGUUCUCCUACAGGACUCCGUCUGGUGAGAUUUACACUGGUCUCACCCCACCUGCUGGCUCUGAGCCUUUGGGUGUUCUCUACCCUCGCGUUGGAGCCCUCGGUGGCUGCUCUCAGCACAAUGCCCUCGUCACCAUUCUGCCCCAGGACAGUGACUGGAACAACAUCGCCACUAUCACUGGUGACGACUCUUGGGAGUCCGACAAGAUGCGCGAGUACUACAAGAAGCUUGAGAAGUGCCACUACCUCCCCGGCGCUCUUGAUACCAGCGUUCACGGAUACGAUGGAUGGCUUGAGACCCAGACCACGCCCGCAAUCCUGAUCGUUCAGGACCAGAAGGUCUUGUCGCUCGUUCUCGCUGCUGCCACUACCAUGGGCAAGAACGUCCUUGGCAAGAUUCUUAACACCGUCACUGGUCUUCUCGAAAUUCUGGCUCUCGAUGUCAACAACAACGCCCCCAGCCGUGACAAGGGUGAGGACAUUUACCAGAUCCCCCUCGCCAUGAAGGAUCCCUCUUUCACUCGCUCCUCGCCCCGUGACUUUAUCUACGACAUUGCUACCGCCACCAACGACGAUGGAACCAAGAAGUACAAGCUGGAUCUGGCUCUCAACACGCUGGUCACCAAGGUCAACUUCGAUGAGUCCGGUGACAAGCCCAAGGCCACUGGUGUCGAGUAUCUCUACGGCAAGAGCCUUUACCGCGCCGACCCUCGCGCUACCAAGGAGGACGGUGGUAUUCCCGGACGCGUCUUCGCCAGCAAGGAGGUCAUUGUCUCCGCCGGUGCUUUCAACACUCCCCAGCUCCUCAAGCUCAGCGGUGUUGGCCCUGCUUCCGAGUUGGAAUCCUUCGACAUCCCUGUCGUCAAGGACCUCCCUGGUGUCGGUGGUAACAUGCAGGACCGCUACGAGGUUGGCAUUGUUGGCAAGGCGCCCACCGACUUCUCCCUGCUCAAGAAGUGCACUUUCCUGGACAUGGACGGCACCAACAACGGAGAGGACCCUUGCUACGACAACUGGCAGGAUGGCAUCGGCGGCCUGAAGGGCGGCUACACCACCAACGGCAUUGCCUUCGGUUACUUCAAGCACUCCUCCGUCGCCGAGAACGGCGAUCCUGACCUGUUCUUGGGUGGUGUCCCUGCCUACUUCAACGGCUACUACCCCAACUACGCCGAGCACGCCCUCGCCGAUCUCUCCGUCUGGACCUGGCUUACACUCAAGGCCCACAGCCGUAACAACGCCGGUGUCGUCAACCUUACCAGCAUCAACCCCCGCGACACCCCCAACAUCACCUUCCACAGCCUCUUCGAGGGUGUCGGUGGUCAGGAGGACCUCCAGGCCGUCUACGAGGGCAUGAAGUACGGCAUUGAGGCCUUCGAGAACUUGAUUCCCCUCGAUGGUGCCUUCGAGCGCAUUUGGCCUCCCCAGAACAUCUCUUCCGAGGAGGACCUCAAGAAGUUCGCUCAGGAUGAGGCAUGGGGCCACCACGCCAGCUGCACCGCUCCCAUCGGUGCCGAUGACGACCCGCACGCCGUCCUUGACUCCAACUUCAAGGUCCGCGGAAUCGAUGGCCUCAGAGUCGUGGAUGCUUCGAUCUUCCCCAAGAUUCCUGGCCACUACAUUGUUCUGUCCAUCUACAUGGCCAGUGAGAAGGCUGCGGAUGUUAUCAUCGCGGAGGCGAAGUCUGCCUAA